AUGGACGCAUUAAAGUUAUCAUCGAACAUUAUUUCAUGCUUUUCACGGCUUUUAGUAGCCAAACGAUUGAGCCAUAAUGCUAGUCAUCUGCAGAGUAGCGGCAGCAGCGCUGCCGGGGCCAGCAUACCUUUGGGCCCAUUUGAACGUCGCAAAAAUGCACGUACUACCCAAUUGCAAUUCAAAACUAACAUCCUUGAUACACCAAGAGACAGGAUUAUGCGGCAGAUUAUUCGACGUCGUAGACAGGUUAACACUGAGCAGCAUGAUAAGGACGGCAGUCUCUACGAAUUGGCAGAGGCAUAUCUAGAGGCUGAACACGAGAUGCUAGCCGCAGCUCCAUCACAGGAUGCUCUAACUAGGCACAAGAUAUCGCAGGUGCUGCAGCAAAGGUUCAAUUAUAACCCAAUACAAUCAUUUGCAUUGAACCAUGACUCAAAUCGCAAGAUCGCAUUAGAAUCUCAGGAAAGUGUAACAUUUCAAAAGAAUCGCAGACUCUACGUAAAUGAAGUUAAAGACGAGGGAGAUGAUGACAUUUCCGAGUCACCGGGCGAGAACAAUGAUCGUAACGCAACAGCUUCAGGCAGUGCGCCACAAGACGGAACUGAACACCGAGGCAAACAAAAUACCAUGCACUCAAAAGAAACCCAACAGCCUGCAACAGACUUGGAAAAGGUGGCUUUAUGCAACGGAACAAUAUUAGAAAUAGACCUGUCCGCUGUCAAGACUGUAGAAAAAAACCACAAGGAGGAUGUUUUCGAUUCACUUGGCUCAUUACGACUGAAUGAGGAAAUGUUAAACCUCUGGACAAGUCAAAAUGUAAUAGACGUAAUAUAUUUCAACGAAUCCUUGUUGCCUAUCGUGUCCACAAGUGCCGAGGCGGAGUACUUCCACAUCAGGAACAAGGCUGCACUGAUAAACAAAUCGUACGCCUUGCCAAUCAUGGUUAGUGGAAAAGAUGCCGCCGACUUCUUGGAGCACUUUGUAACAUGUUCUUUGAAAAACAUGAAAAGGGGAAUGGUGCAAUACACCGCUUUGGUCGACACACAGGGGAAUGUGAUGGAUAUGGCAUACGUGGCGGCGUAUGAGAAUUCGUAUCUCUUGGUGACAAACGGCCUACAGAAACGAAAUCUCUUCGAUUACAUGACUGCAUAUCAGGUGUCUUGUAAGAGGUCGGGGCUGGAUGUCACGCUCAGACCGCUUCUCUCUUUUGUUCUCAUAAGUUUUCAAGGACCAAAAGCAGCGGACAUUCUGCAGGCAAUUGCUAAAAGGGAUCGUAUAUACGUAGUACCAGAAACAAAGGAGGACAUUACCGAGCAGGAAGGACGGUCCGAACAUGCAGAAACACUUAAUGGGUGCGCCAUUAAGAUACCUACAACAUUACCGCCAUUCAUGCGAUGCAUUGAUUUUGAAUUUACGUGUCCGUACACGCGCAAAGAUGGCUUGUCGUCACAGAAAACGUAUCCUAUACACUGCAUGAGAGUAAGUGACGUCGGAGAAGAUGGUUUCGAGAUGCUUGUCAGCUCAGAUGCGGCAAUACCUCUGCUGAGGCUACUGCGAAGUCACCCGGAUGUCGUUUACGCAGGUUUCGAAGCAUACGACUCGGCGAGAAUGGAAGCCGGUAUCAUACGGUCCGAUGUCGACAUUCCGACCGAGUCGUCGCCUAUACAAGCUGCCGUAACGUGGUCGGUCGACACGAACAAGCUACGAUCAGGAUCUCUGUUCGGGAGGAAACAUAUGACAUCGCAACUCAUCAACGGAGUGGCCAAACUGCGAGUGGGACUCAUUGCGAACGAGCGAGUCGACACCAACUGCAAUAUACUGAACGGGGAUACAAGAAAGCCGAUCGGAUUUGUGACAUCAUGCUCGUGGAGCUAUGGACUUAAAAUGUACUUGGCUCAGGCGUAUAUCAACGCCGAAUGCGCCAGGCACGACAUGCCUGUGCUGCUUAGCUUACCACUGAAGCCGGAAGCGCCGGUAACGAAAAGAGAAUUCCGGAAGAACUAUCGCAACAAGACACGUAGGACGAUCAUCAGAGGCACUGUAGUUCGCCUCCCCUUUGUGCUACACAACUACCCAAUCAACGAAAGCCAGAAGCACUACAUUGGAGGCAGGCAUGUGCCGCUGCAAACAUUGAAAAAGCAGCCGAACGCAAAAGGGAAGGACGAAGCACAGGCAGUGCCUGGUCAGACGGCGAAUCAUUCGCCGCUUGACGGUAACACCGCAUCGGUCGAAGAGAACGCCGUUAGAGCAGCUGGAACGUCUGACAGUCUAGCUGUUCAUGCGGACACAUCGCAACAACCUACGCGGCUCAAAACACGCAAACAGCUCUGGAAGGAGGUGGUUAACAAACAACGCAUCAAAAAUGCCAAGACACUCGAGAUGGCGCUUACGCAGGUGGAGAAGGCAACCGUCGAUGCCUACAUAGACAAGCAACUAAAUGGGGAACCUUGUACCGAACAGAUGCCUCUGCAAACCCAGCGCAUCAACAUAAUACCCCGCGCAACCGUACCUCUCGAAAAGACCAUCGAAUACUACCGGGAGCUACACAGCAAGCCAGUGCCGUCGCGACAUCGGCGCUAUCGGCCGCCGAUAAUGGGAGGACAAGCUAACCUCCGGCCAACCGGCCGUCUCACGCCGGUAGGUUUCGCAAUGGCUCUCCUACUACUCCUCUCCGUAUUUCUGUAUGGUACGGAAGCGCAACACGCCACUAUCGGUGUCGACUGGGGUGAGGAGUACGUUGAGGUAGCCAUUGCCUUCCGGGGACACAAACCGGAUAUCCUGCUCAACGAUACUGGCAGCAGAAAGUUCGUAAAUGCAGUAUACCUCGACGGGAAGAUGCGGCUCUUUGACCAGAAGGCUGCGGCAAACCUCGUCAAAAGCCCAAGCAGAACUGUGCACAAGUCAGCGCACAUCCUGGGUAUGCCAGUACACGUGGAAGGGGCACAGGAGGUGACGCCCGUACCCAAGGAUAAGGUGCUGGGCGUUUUCAACGACCAUGGAAUUGUAUUCGACUGGGACUAUGCCCCGUAUGAGUUUGGGGCGGAUGAUGCAGGACAGCUGUACCUUAACAUCAGGAAGGAGGGCAUGGUAAAAGUUGAAGAGGCUGCGGGACACUUUUUCGACUACAUCAAAAUGAUAAUUACCACUAAACUUUUAGCUUCCAAGGUAAUCCAAGCAGAAGACACUGACAUAUCAAUUAUGGCGGUGGUGACCAUACCAUGCAACUACAAGCAACAUCAGAGGAAGGCCAUCAUUUUCGCUGCUGAGAGCGCCGGGAUCACGGUGGCAGGAUUGGUGCACGGCAUAACGGCUGCUUCAAUUGUCAGGGCCUUUGAACAGGGACCAGGCACAAAGAAGCUACUGUUUUACGAUUUGGGCAGCUCCGGGGCUAACGUCGGUGUAGUCGAAAUACAGGUUCCGGAGAAAGACCGCAAGAAGUCAAAGGGAUUAUCAAACACCCAUAUCACCAUGUUGUCCUGUGUGACGCAACAGGGUAUAGGUGGAAGGCAUCACGAUGUGGUGCUGGCCCAGCACUUGCGCACCAUCUUCGAGAAGAAAACAAAGAUCGAGCUCAUGCCACAACACCCAAAUGCAUUGCAGAAGUUGCUGAAAGCAGCUAACAAGGCUAAAAUCGCGCUCACGAUAUCCGAAUCUACCAAUGUGUCCAUCGAUGGACUGAUCAGGAAUGUCGACUUCGCAAGUGAAACGGUGACGAGACAGACAUUCAACGAGCUAAUCAGCGGUUCCAUUGACCAACUUGAGAAUCCCGUUAAACGGGCGUUGGAGUUGGCCGGAGAUAUCAAACUGGAAGAAUUGGAUGGUGUGGAACUGGUUGGAGGUGGCUGGAGGGUGCCUGCGGUGCAGGAGAAGCUGAGCGAAAUCCUCAAACCACACCCACUUGGGUUCCACCUCAACGCGGAGGAAGCAAUGGCAAUGGGAGCAGGCUACCUUGCUGCAGCGCAUAACCCAUUCUUCAAAAUGAAGAGUGCGAACGUGGCGGAAAGCAGCCUCUAUUUGUACGCCAUUCGGAUAUUCUCCAUCGACUCCACGCACCCGGACGCCAUGGAAAAGAGCUCCCCGCUCUUCAAACCAGACAGCAAAUUGCAGGGCACUAAGACUGUAGUUUUCAAGACAAACAUCGACUUCGAGCUGGAGUUAACGGAGAACGGCAACCUUCUUACCACUUAUCGCAGCUCGGGCAUUACCGACGCAAUGAGCAAGGAGGAAAACAAGGGUAAGGUGGCACAAAUCACCCUUGCUUUCACUGUUAACGCCACCGGCGUCAUUGAACUUUCGAGACACAGCGCGUCCUUCGUUGAGGUUGCCCCCAGUGACGCUGAUGAUGCAAGCAAUGCCAACCAGACAACCGCAGACGGAACUGCUGAAGGCGCCGGUGAGAGCGCUUCAGACACCGAGGAGGGGAAAGAAGGCCACGAAAGCAAAGAACAGGAUGGACAGGGUUCAGCCAAUGGGGAACAGAAGACUACGGAACCUGAGAGCAAUGAGCAGGAGAGCGCGGAAUCUGGGAGCGGAGAACAGGGCAAUGAGCCAACUAACGAGGACGAAAGGAAAGAAGCGGACCACAAAGAACAAGAAAGCAAAGCAGCUGAGAGCAAAGAGGAGGACAAGAAACCUGCAAAGCCCCUGACAUUUGAGUUCGCCAUGGCAGCCGUCAUCGGGCAAAGCGCCUUCACCCCGGAGAAGCUUGAGGCAACGGAUAUGGGAAUUAAAGCCCUUCACAAACGCGAUAUGGACAUCGUCAAGCUGUCGGAAAGGAAAAAUACGCUUGAGUCGCUCAUAUACAAGUACAAGAGCGCGGCUAGAAGGCAGGAAUUCCAGGAAGCCUGCGAUGAGGCGACUAUGGCCACCAUCAACGCACUUCUUCACGAAUACGAGGAAUGGUUUGACGAGGAUUCGUACGAUGCCACCUUGGAGCAGUUUGAGGAGCGCAUUUCCAAACUCGAGGAGGUCUCGACACCCGUCUACCAGAGGUGGUCAGACAAUGAGGCCCGCCCUUCGCUGAUCGCAUCUACCAACAAAUCCAUCGCGAAGUUGAUGCAGAAGUUCGACGAGCUGCUGGAGAAAAAACCGUACGUCGCUGAGGAAACCGAGAUGGUCGACAAGUUCAAGAGCGUGCAGACGUGGUGGGAGGAAGUCCUAAAGCAGCAGGAUGGCCUGAAACCCAAUGAGGAGCCCGCGUUCACCGCAGGGUCGAUCAAGAUGCGUCUAGAGAUCGCCAAACAGGUUCUCUCGUCGCUCGAGAAGGUGCCGAAGCCCAAGCCAGCUCCCGAGGAGAAAAAGCAAGAAGAGGCCAAGGAGACAGAGCAUACGGCAGAAGAAUCGUCGCAGGAACCCAAAGAGGAGGAGCCGACCACCGACAAGGGCGAGCAAGAACAAGCCCCAACCGACGAACUAUAG